GCGGCAAACCGGCGGCUGGGCACCUGAACGAAAUAGGAGCCGGGCGAUGACGUCAUGGAUGUGUGUGUUUCGGGCCGUUCCGCGGAGAGGCGACGCGGCGGAGAGUGCCGCGAGGGGGGUUUACCGCGGACAGGUAGGAACAGGUGAGCCGGCGGGCGGUUUCGACCCCGUGACCCGAGCGAGGUCUCCGAAAUUUUUAGCCGUUUCAAGAAGAACCGUUCACAAGUUUCGGUUCUUGAAUGGUUUUGUACUCUGGUUCGUCGACAGGCGGCGUCUAAGCGGGUCGCUCCCGCCAGAUCGAACAAUGGAAUGGGUGUCGGUCAAAUGGUCGAUUUCUAGUGCCACGGACAAUAAUCCAACCAUGUUAUCUUUCUUCAUUGUUUUAUCGGGUGCCUAUGGAGGUUCAGUGUAAGGAUAAGGAUACCUCGUUAACCAUCUUACCUCAGCAUUAUGGAAAAUCCUUCAGCAGAUUCCCAUUUGUACAUGCCAUUAAGUGAUGAGUCCAGUGAAGAUGAGAGCUCACGGUCUCCUCUUCAGAAUCAUAAUUCGGAAACCAAAAGAUGGAAAUGCAAGUUUUGUUUGGUAUCAUUUCCCUCCCGAAAGGAAUGUCUGAGUCAUGAAAAAAUUUGUGAUAAAUUUUAUAUUCCUCCCAAGAAAUUCACCAAACCACAAGCAUCAGAAGUAUCAACGUCAUCAGAUCAAAGUGUUAUAAAGUGCAAAUUUUGUAGCAAAGUAUUUAGUUUGCGGAAAAACUGUAAUCGACAUGAGAAGUCCUGUUCAGGAAAUCAAGAUACAAGUCUAUGUUUCACUUGUGAAUUCUGUGGGCUUACUUCCAAUAGGAACGAUAAUUUCAAAAUUCAUUUCUCAAGGUGUAAAGGAAAACAUGAAGCUCAAAAUGAACUGCCAUCUGCUUCAAACAAUGUCAAAGUACUUGAGGAAGGAGUGUCGUACCAAACCUCUGCAACUGCAAAAGAGUCUGCUUUUGGUAAAGGAACUGGAGUGUCAAAUAAUAACAGGCGUCAUACACCAUGUUUGCAUCCUAAGUGUGACCUGGAAUUUUACCAUAAAUCUGACCUCAUUGAACAUUUAAAAAAUUGUCAUGAAGAUAUUUCUGUAAAGGACCCCAUUUCAAUGCAGUUUGAUUCAGAGGAUGAUUUUAAAAAAUGGAAGACUAAAGAACAAGAGCAAACAUUCUCUUAUUUUAGUCAGAAGAGUGGUCAGAAUGCAAGUAAAAUAAAAUAUCUGUAUUGUCAACAUGAUGGAUCAUCUCAUAAUAAACGGAAAACUUCUCGCCUUAAUGGCAAAGGCAGAAUAAAAGUUGGUCAUUAUUGCAUAGCAAUGAUGAAGGUGUGGCUUGAUAAAGACAGGAUAAUUAAUGUUAUCUACUUCCCAUCCCACAGCCAUGUUUGCAGCCCUCAGGACUUUGUUCAUCACCCAGUUUCUGAGGAUCUGAACCUUUUCAUAAAUGAAAAGCUUGCGUGGGGUGUCUCACCAACCAAAAUUUUGAAGGAUGCUUUAGCUGAGGCUGUUCCCAAGUCAUUUUCAAGAAAUCAAAUCAUGCAAUGCAAAGCUGCAGUUAUCACUAAAAAGAGGAUAAGAGAAAGAGCAAGGAAAAUAAGAGAAAGAAGAAGGUUUCACAAGGAUGAGGCAAAGGCAUUGAUGAUGAUGGUAAAUCAACUGUCUACUGAGGAUGAUUGCGUGUUGCUAUACAAGCCUUUCAAAAGUAAAGUAGUGAUAGGUCCUAAGGAGAUUGAUGCUCUACCUGACAGUGAAACUUUAUUUAUGUUGGCUUUGCAAACCAAGCGCCAGGCAGAGCUGAUGACAGAACACUGCCAUAAAAUAGUCUUACUUGAUGAGACACAUGGGACCAAUCACCAUAAGUACCAGCUUUUAACUGCUAUGGUUAUUGAUGACAACAGAAGAGGUUGGCCAUUUGCCCAUCUGGUGACAAGUAAGAGUGAUGAUAUCACCCUACAAUAUUUCUUCAGAACACUGAAAUCAAAGCUGCCACCUGAUGUAAAAGUUAAUUGUGUCAUAACGGAUGAUGCUCCUGCUCUCAUCAAUGGCAUGGAGAUGGGUUUUUCAGAAGAAUUGGUCCACAUUCUCUGCAAAUGGCAUAUACUGAAAAAUUUUAAGAAAAACUUACGACUCCAUGUACCAGCUGGCAUGGUUGAAUCUAUGAUGCUAGAGCUCAGAGUGAUUAUGAAUGAAAUCAAUGAAAAAAGAUUCUUAGAACUGCAAGAGGGAUUUAUCAAAAAAUAUACAAACUCUUUAGAAUGCAAGAGUUUUAUUGAGAAGUAUUAUGAGAAGUACUACAAAGACAGAGCUAAGAAGUGGGCAAUGUGCUUCAGAAAAUUCCCCCAUGCCAAUAUCAAUACCACUGGUCAUCUGGAGUCUUUCCAUCAUCGCCUAAAAGUUUACUUAAGAAGGAAAGUGAACAGACGUCUGGAUGACCUUGUGAAUUUUCUUCUGGAUAUUGCGUGGGAUGACUAUAUCACUAGAGUUCGAGAAGCAACCACAGGCAUUGCAUUCAAACCUCAAGAAAUUCUGGAGCGCCACAAACGAGGAAUGCAAAUUAAAGAUGAAGAUAUUUUUGAGCUUGAACCUGAUACCUGGGAUGUGACAGCAACAACAGGGGGUCUCAAAUAUCAUGUUGUCAGAUAUCAUGAAGAGUGUUCUUUUGAUCAUUGUUUUUCAAAGUGCACUGACAUUCCCUGUACUAAAUUAUGUGCUCAUUUGUAUUCCUGUUCUUGCCCUGAUAACCAUCCUCUUUGCAAGCAUAUACACAAAGUCCAUUCAAUUCAAAUGCGAAGUAAUGCUGUACAAGUGAGAGAUAAUGAGUCCAAUAAUUGUUUGGACUUGUGUGAAGAGGAACUUACCCCGUCAGUUGCUACUCCUACUACAAGUGGCAGUGAUCAGGGAAGGGCCAGUAAGCGGCACUAUCAGGACUUGCAGAAGAAUCUAGAUUUUCUUACCUCAAUUUUGCAUUCUGCUGAGAGCAAGCCUAAUGCUAUGGCUCAUGCUGCAACAAGUACUAGUGAACUUGUUCUGAAACUGAAAUAUAUGUCAGAGGGGGCAGAAGCUGAUGAUAUAUCUUCUAUGACACCUGUUGUUCAUUUCAAUUCUAAUGAAAAGCUGAAAACUCAAGUUUCCCAAUUAGCAUCAUUUAACAAGCCCAAGAAAAGAAAAGCACCGAAAGACUACAAACUCAGUCCGACAAAAAAGGCGGCUGUGGUGAAAAAUCUUCUGGAUGUUAUAAGAGUUACAGAAAAUUUCACCCCAUCUUUAUCAUAUGCCUCCAGCCCCUGCGAUGUAGUCUUAAAAUGUGGUCAAGAAAAAAUUACUUUGCUGAAUUUGAAGACACUUGAGAUGAAAUUGUCUGAAGAGGAAAAAAAAUUGUGCACAAAGUCAGACCCAGCCUUUCAUACUGGUUGGCUCUCUUCCUCUAUCAUCAAUACUUACUUGGAUAAACUUCAAGAAAUGUAUCCAGCAUGUCUGAGCUUAUCAUCUGAUUUGGCUGUCAGGGCUGUUUAUUAUGGCAUGUCAAACCAAAACAUCUUAAAAAAAAAAUUGGCUGGCCAGAAGGUUGAAGUCAUACUACUCCCAGCUAACUUAACUGGAGCUCAUUGGUGCAUUGUAGCAGUAUUUCUGAGAGGACUGAAACCUGAGAUCUGGUAUUAUGACCCACUGCAAGGAGACCUGCAAGGAGAUGCUGCCACGAAAAAACUGCUUUUCCAGCUUCACUCUGACCUGAAAUCUAUUUUCCCCCCCUCUUCAUCUCAUGAGGUUGCGGAUGAUAUUAUCUAUGUUGAAGCAAAAAAACAAAUGGACUCUAUGAGUUGUGGAGUUUAUGUUUGUUCUUUUGCAGAGCAAAUGGCACAAAAAAAACUUUCCUAUAACUUAAUUGAGAAUGUUCCUGACUUUCGAAGAACCAUGUAUGACCUUAUUGUUGGAGGGUGCCUUAAGAGAAAAACCUACUCCGAAGAAUCUUGUGGUGUGUGCCAUGAAGAACUUUCCUCCUGUAAUUCUCUUGAUGACGAUCAUUGGACCACAUGUGUUCACCUCACUGGAAUUUUCUUUGGACCAUUUUCCGAGUUCUCAAGUAUUAUAAGUGCUCUCUUGCGUCGCCACAUCACCCAUGGCGACCUGGGGUUUUCUCCUGGAGAAUAA